AUGUCGACACCGACACCGACACCAAAAGAUGGUCAACCACUCGCAAAGCCUCGUCUGAAGAUUAACGUCAGCCGGUCGUCCUCUUUCGUCGCUGAUGCAAAUGUGACUCCUUCAGCCUCGGCCCCGGCUGGCCCAGCUGCUCCGACUCCAACGCCAACGGAAGGUAGUCGCAAAGUGAAGCUCAAGAUCGGAAAAUCACAACCCUCAACGCCUGCGGAACAGCCCCCGGUCAAGACGAAAGCUGGGCGACAACCCAAGCCCACUCAGAAACUUGUUGAGAGCAAGAAGCGCGCACACGAUGAACUGGAUGAUGAACUAGGCUUGGCGCAUCCAACAACAAAAAUCAAACUUAAGCAGACGAAAUCAGGACUCACUCCAACGGUCGUGGUGAAGCCGAAGGGACGCGCACCAGUGCAUCCGCCAGGAGAUGGCUAUGAUUCAGAAGCGAGCGAUCGGGAGAAGGAUCCAUCCAUAGAGGAACAGUUUGUCCUGAGAAUGCUGCCGGGAGAGCACUGUGACUAUGUGCGCUGGUGCAUGGAGAAUGGCAAGAUGGGCAUUCCUCGGAGCCAGGGAGGAGCAGACAUUCAACUCAAAUUCUUUGAAGAGGAUUCUCGAAGGGCGGUCGUGACGGUCAAGGGUCAACCGUUUGCCGCUGUCAUGGUGGACCUGCCUACAGUUACAGAAGCGAUGAAGACAUGGGAUCGCAAAUCAUUUCUCAAGUCUGCAGACAUCUGCCAAAUGCUUCUGGUUUACCAGAAAGUUUCCACCGAAGCUGAAGCGAGACAAACGCCUCUACCAAGCAUGAUCGACCAACACUUCAGAUGGCCACACGGCCUAACGCCGCCCAUGCACGAUUGUGUGAACCGACGAUUCGCCAAGACUAUCAGUCGAAAGGAGAUUGAAGAUAAAGAAGCAGAAGUCGAACGCCUGCUCGCCGAGGAUGCUAAAGCCGGCUCUACGCGAUGGGAAUGGGUCGACGAGAGCAAAGACGAUGAGGAGGAAGGCGGAGAAGAGGAUGCCGAAGGUGAUAUGGAUGAUGAUGAUGGUAUGGACUACUUCCAGAGCCAAGACGUAUUCGGAGAUGGCGACGAUGACCUUGCAGCCGAUUUGGAGGCUGCUUUCGGGGAAAUGGGUGAUGAAAUUCCCGCUACCGGUAUGGAUGCUCCAACGCCAAUGACAACCACACAGGUCAAUACCCCCGCGCCACUGCAAGAUAGCAUUGAGUCGGAUGAGUCCGAGGAAGUUUCGGAUGAUGAUGAUGAUGACGACGAUGAUGAAGACCUGGACGAGGAUGCUCGAGCCCAGCGCGACGAGGAAAAGGGUGUCAAGUCUUUCAUCAACGACCUGAAGAACCAGCUUGCCAGCAAGCAAGAAGAACUGGCUCGUAAUACAAACAAGCUCCUCCGGACGCGCAUUGAGCAGACCAUCAAGCAGCUCAAGGCAGAGAUUGAACUCAAGAACUCGUCCAUCGGUAUCGAGACAGAUGAUUGA